AUGGGUUCACAGCAAAAAGAUAUCGAAUUAAGUCCUGUAAAGGUGGAAAACAAUUCAAAUAAACAAGCACUUGAUUUGCAAAACACACAGGACAAUGACGAAGAAGACGUUAUUAUCGGCAGAUUUCGGAAGAUAAGUUCAGCAAAGUCAAUGGCUGCAACUAACGGGAAUAUACAAUACCCGACAGAUCUGCCGAAACCAGAGAUUGAUAUUGAAAAUGGGUUGCAAUUCAAGGUGAGAGAAGAAAAUGAAAAUUUAGGUGAUAAAUCUAACAAUCCUAUUCGAACACGUAAAACUCCGAUUACAAAAAGCAGUUUUCGUGAUAUAGAGAAACCUUCCCGCUUUAGAGACCAGCCAUCAGCGACCAGGUUUCAAAUGGAAGCUAAGCAAGAAGAAGGUUCAGAAUCGGAAGGCUCUGGAAUGGACAGCGACGAUCCCCUCACAACUCAGACAGACACCAAAUACGGCAAGAGCUUUAGGCAUUUCACACGCGAAGCUCUACCGCGUUUGGACAACUAUAGGAAUGUAUUGUCCCUCCACGCUGCCCCACGGCCAACAUUGGAUGAGCUCCACAAUGCCUCGCUUUCUCGUAAGCCAGGCCAGACACUGGAGAAGGAUGUCACCAUGCCCUCGCUAUCGACCACGAGUUACAAAUUCGGCUGGAUAAAGGGCGUUCUGAUGAGAUGCCUCCUCAACAUAUGGGGGGUUAUGCUCUUCCUAAGAUUGUCGUGGGUCGUGGGCCAAGCUGGAAUUGGUCAGGCGAUCCUUUUAAUUCUGACGACAUCUAUAGUAACAACUAUCACUGCACUCUCUAUGUCUGCAAUAAGUACGAAUGGUGUGAUUAAAGGAGGUGGAACUUAUUACAUGAUAUCUCGAUCACUGGGCCCAGAGUUCGGUGGUUCCAUAGGUCUCAUAUUCUCUAUGGCUAAUGCGGUCGCAUGCGCAAUGUACGUGGUGGGUUUUGGAGAAUCUCUCAUCACUCUAAUACCGGAGUCCGCGUAUAUGGUCAGCAAGAGUUGGGAUCAAGCAAUAUACGGCUGUUUAACCAUAGUGCUGCUAACGGGAAUUGUGAUAGUGGGCCUAGAGUGGGAGGCCAAGGCGCAGAUAGUUCUGCUCUUCAUACUCCUGGCUGCUAUAGCAGACUUCUGUAUCGGCGCCAUUAUGGGACCGACCAGCGCUGACGAGAUGGCCCAGGGAUUUGUCGGAUUUAAUACGUCCGUGUUACACGCAAAUAUGGCGCCGGAUUACAGAUUCUUCGAAGGGGUCCAACAUAAUUUCUUCUCAGUUUUUUCCAUUUUCUUCCCCGCAGCGACUGGUAUAUUAGCUGGUGCUAAUAUUUCUGGCGAUCUUAAGGACCCACAAAAAUCAAUUCCCAAGGGUACACUUUUGGCAAUAUUGCUUACCACAAUAUCGUACGUGGUAAUCGCUGUAAUAGCCGGGUGGUGCGUUCUACGUGAUGCAUCCGGGAGUGUUGCUGAUGUCGCUACUUGGAACUUGACAGCUUGUGUACAAGACGGGAGCUGUGCGUAUGGCUUGCAUCAUAGUAAUGAUGUUAUUCGUUUGGUAUCGGCGUGGGGUCCGCUAAUCUAUGGUGGGUGUUUCGCGGCCACGCUAUCUUCAGCCUUGGCUUCGUUGGUUUCAGCCCCAAAAGUAUUUCAGGCCCUUUGUCAAGAUAAACUCUACCCGUACUUGGAGUUCUUCGCGAAAGGUUAUGGAAGCAAUAACGAACCAGUUCGUGGUUAUGCGCUCACGUUUAUAAUAGCUGUCGCUUUUAUUUUGAUGGGUGGUCUUAACCAAAUCGCUCCGUUAAUAUCUAACUUCUUCCUGGCUGCGUACGCGCUAAUUAACUUCGCAACUUUCCAUGCCAGCCUUGCAAAGCCAGUGGGAUGGAGACCUACCUUUCGGCUUUAUAAUAUGUGGCUUUCCCUCGUGGGUUCCAUGGUGUGCGUGGCGAUUAUGUUCGUGAUCUCGUGGAUUACCGCUCUCGUCACGAUUUCCUUUCUGCUUGCUUUGUACCUUCUUGUGUCAUAUAGGAAACCUGACGUUAAUUGGGGGUCGACUACACAAGCCCAAACCUACAAGACCGCUUUAUCUGGUGUUCAUCAAUUAAACCGAGUUACAGAACACGUCAAAAACUAUAGGCCUCAGAUUUUGGUGCUAUCUGGAUUUCCGGCGGAACGAGCUUUGUUAACCGACUUUUCGUACUUGCUCACCAAGGGAUUGUCACUUAUGCUGUGCGGGCAAGUUGUACAGAGUCAAGUUAACUAUAGGACUCGAGAGGCGCUUACGAAUCGAGCUUAUCAUUGGUUCUUGAAGCGAAAGAUAAAGUCGUUUUAUUGCGUUGUUGAUGGUGUGGAGCUCAAAGAUGGCGCUAGUGCUCUUAUACAGGCUAGCGGUCUUGGUAAAUUAAAACCGAACAUUUUAUUGAUGGGUUUCAAAGAGAAUUGGCAAAGCUCUGGUGUUGAAGAAGUAUCUGAUUAUGUUGAAGUUAUGCAUAAAGCGUUAGACGUGCAUAUGGCGAUUGCAUUGCUUCGUGUAGAGGGCGGCCUAUACAGCAAUGAAACACUUGAUGAUGACCUUCAGGCUUGUCUUCAAGACCUAAACGUUAAGGACUCCGCAGUUGUGUCACGUUCCAUGGGCGACAGCCUCAAGGACUCCAAAUCCAUCGAGAGUUUAAACACGCACUCAAGAGGCAGCAGCAUGUCAGACUUAUCGCUCGGUUCGCCAGAACGUGUGUCACGAGACCCCGCCGCUGCCAACAAGCCUGAAAAGUCCAACGAAACUGGGAAGUCUAAGAUAGCAAAACUAUUAUUAAAGAAAUCUUUGGGCAAGGGCAUAGGACGUCGUAUAGGCAUUGGUGCAGCGCGUCGGGCGUCGUCCUUUACUUCAGUUGAGCAGUUUACUCGACGACAAAAUGGCACCGUCGACGUUUGGUGGCUUUAUGAUGAUGGAGGCUUGACGCUGCUAUUGCCCUACAUUUUAUCGACCCGCCGCGCAUGGGCGUCCAGUCCAUUACGCGUAUUUACACUCGUGAACAAAAAUACGGAGAUGGAAAUAGAAGAGAGAAAUAUGGCAUCGUUAUUAUCAAAGUUCCGGAUUGACUAUUCGGCCUUGAAGAUGAUAUCGGACAUCACCAAGAAACCGAAAGAUUCAACGCUCGUGUACUUUGACAAACUCAUUGCACCUUUCCGAACACCAGAGGACAGCACCGACACUGAUGGCAUAUCGGAAGCAGAUUUGCUAGCGGCUCGCGAUCGAACAUAUCGACACCUGCGGUUACGAGAACUGAUCGGAGAGCACUCGCACAACGCGAGGCUCGUCUGCGUUACGCAGCCGAUGCCCAGGCGACGUGGUGUGCCUGCACCCUUAUACAUGGCGUGGCUAACAUCUAUCGCCACGGCGGCCAAACAAACUCUACUCGUGAGGGGGAACCACGCCGCAGUACUCACGUUCUACUCAUAA